GACAUUUGCUGGCAGGGCAGUGAAGAGCUCCCAGUAACAAUUGCUGGACAGGCAGACCCUGACAUUUGCACUGGAGAUCUCCUCCUCUCUGUGUUUACACAGUUGUCUCCAUUCAUUCACUUCCCUAGUGGUAGUUGAUAGAAGACUCUGUGCGGUGGAGGGUCACAGUCACAUUCCUGUUCUCAGGCUCAGCACAAGCUCCUUCUGCUUCAUAUAGUAUUUCUAAGCAGCAUGCAAGAUCCCAGCAGGAGAUCCCAGCUUUUUAGCACCUGUCACUAUGUAGGAUGCCUGGAGAGAUGACCUCUACUCGCCCUGGAACACUUAGAGGCUCAUUUGUUCUAUUAUUCUUUUCCUGGAUCUUUAGGGCUUGGAGUGGGAGACGUCCCAAGAGCAGGAGGAAUCUGCUGCUGGUCUGCACUGCAUGUCUGCUCUAUGGGAUUUUUGUGGUAACCCAGGCAGGUAAUUUUUUCCCACAGCAUAAAGAUGCUAGAACUGAUCACACAGAAGGCGAUGGAGCUUCUGAGCAGCAGAGGACCUUUUUGGAACAAAACACUUUUUAUGUUGAAAAUUUGCAGUCACUUGGAGGUGCUCUUAACAGUUCUACAACACUCCAGCCAAAUGUUGUAUAUAUCACUUUGAGGUCCAAAAGGAGCAAGCCAGCCAACAUUAGGGGGACAGUGAGACCAAAGAAGAGGAGGAAAGUUGGAGUUGUUGGACAACAUGAGUUUGGAUACAGCAUGCAUCAGGACAUUGGGAGACAGGAGGACAAGUUUAUUGAAAGGUAUAUACACAAAGGUACCCCUACUCAUAAGUCUAAGGACACAGAGGCAAUCAUAUUGAGGGACGCAAGGGGGGAUAGUCACAUAAGUAAUAUUAGGAUUUACAGUGACCGUGCCCCUCCUUGGUUUAGUACUGAAGACAUCAGGGCAAUGAGGUUCUUGGCUGACUCAAGAAUACAGAAAAUAGCUCAGUUGCCUUCUAACCAGGCAUAUCUUAUCUAUGAAACCCCGUCCAAGAAAAAGCUUGUUCCAUCCGUACUAUCAUUUGUGUGCCCGGGAAUUUGUGGUCUUGUGAGAAGACCCUUGGACAUGAGUGAAGUGUUUGCUUUCCACUUGGAUCGAAUAUUGGGACUUAACCGAACUCUGCCAACUGUGAGCAGACAGUUUGAGUUCGCUCAAGAUGCCCUUCCAUGUCCUGUUAUAUUGUGGGACUCUUUUUUAUCUCCAACAGACAAUAUCACACAAUCUUCAAUAAAACUCAAGUGGGGAAGUUACCAGAACAUUCUUACACAUAAGUGUUGGUUGAAUGGAAAAGCCCCCAAAGCAGAUCUGGGCUGCCCAGAUGUCCAUCAUCAUGAGUGGUCCAAGAUGGCACUUUUUGACUUUCUUCUUCAAAUUUACAAUCGUCUUGAUAAACACUGUUGUGGUUUCAGACCUCGGAAAGAAGAUGACUGUGUGCAACAAGGGCUCCACUUAAAAUGUGACAACCCCAGCAAUAUUGACUUAACACACAUUAUACAAAGGAAGCAUGACCCACACCACUUGGCUUUUAUUAAUAACAAAGGAUAUUUUGAUAGAAGUGAAGAUAAUCUGAAUUUUAAGUUGCUGGAUGGAAUUAAAGAGUUUCCUGAAUCAGCUGUUUCGGUGAUAAAAAGUCACAGACUUCGAGAAAAACUUCUCCAGUCAUUUUUUCUAGACAAAGUAUUUUGGGAAAGUCAAAGAGGACGUCAAGGGAUUGAAAAACUCAUUGACGUGAUAGAGAGAAGGGCCAAAAUCCUGUUGACUUACAUCAAUGCCCAUGGAAUAAAAGUCACACCAAUGAAUGAUUAAAAUGACCAAAAUGGCCAGACAACCAUCUGAAUCAUCAGAUCCCAUGUAUUAUGACUGUAACAAAUGCAGUGAUUCUGGGAUAUUAGCUUUACGUAGCUAGAUUCUAUGAUUUCACAUAUACCAGGAGAAAGUGUUAAAGGGGUACUCCACUGGCCCAGCGGCCGGAACAUUUAGUUCCGAACACUGAAUGCGGGCUGCGGGGGUUGUGACAUCACGCCCCGUCCCCUCAAUGCAAGUCUAUGGAAGGGGGCGUGACGGUAUAGACUUGCAUUGAGGGAGCAAGGCGUCACGAGGGUCGUGGUCAUGAUGUCACGACCCCCACAGCCCGCACCCAGCAUUCAGAACUAAAUGCUCCGGAUGCUGGGGCAGCGAAGUACCCCUUUAAUAGGAAGAAAAUGUAAUUAAUGUCCCACACUGAAAUCUGAUCACUACUGUGAACUGUUUAUAAUGUUAAAGGGUAUGUCUACCUUUUUAUUACUGAAUUGUAUCUAAAGAUAAAAAAAAUCUACAAACGAUAUACUAAUACUUAUAAUAUUCCUGGUUAAGAUAUUCUACCAUUUAGUGUAUACUCCUUUGCAGAACUGUGUGUCUCUAUAGUUACAGACUACAAGCAAACCCUGUGUGUAGUAGAACUUUAGGCAUGUUUUCCGUUUAAAGAAAAUCAUACGGAGUCAAUGCACAAAAUGACAGGAUAUCACAUUGCUUCAUUUAUCUUUUAGAAAACAGGUGUACAUACUCUAUAAAGGGGUGUUCCAGAUUAAUACCUCUUGUAUGAUCGUAGGGGUCUUACCUCUGGGGACCCCCGCGAUCUCGAUGCAGGCCCUAGCAUUCUGUGCAGGGUGCUGCCUCCAAGACGGGGACGUCAAGCCCCCUCCCAUAGUCAUGUAUGGAGGGGGCAUGGUGUGACACCACUAGUGGGGUGUGGCCGUGAUGUCACAACCCCGUCUCGGAGGCAGUGCCUGGCACAGAAUGCCGGGGGCUGCACCGAGAUCGCAGGGGUCCUUAGCAGCGGGAUAGGAUAGGGGAUAAGAUGUAUAAACCCGGAAUACCCCUUUAAGGUAGACUGACCAUAUGGAUGUAGUUUAGUAAAGCCAAUGGUAACUGCCAAAUAAUGAACUGUCUCAUAUAAAAAAAAAAUCAGAUAGUACAUCAUAGAACUUAAGAAUUACAAAACUAUAAUUCUUUUCAUACUUUUUGAACCCUUGAACACACCAUUCAGCAAAGCAGAUGACAAGAUAUGUAAAACUAGAGAUAACAGCAUAGCUCAUGCACAUUGCUCUGUUAUUGUUUCUUGCAUGAGCUGGAUAUUUAGUGUCAAUAAUAGGAACAGAUUACUUCCUGGAAGAUUAGGAAAUUCUUUGGAAUAGACUCUUAAAAGCCACCUCUUAAAUAUAAAGCUUCUGUAAGAUUUUUUAGUGACAUGUACAUUCGUUUGGAUGGUGUUGCAUAAAAUAUGCGCUUGCCACCCGAACAACCUCAGUGAGAUGAAUGGAUGUAAUUCCAGUUACAGAAAUGUCUGCAACAAUCUGCCACAUGUCAAUAUACCCUAAUACUAUCAUAUGGCCUAUAAUACCACCCUGAGAUGUAUGAAAGCAUCACAAAAUUUGAUGUAAUCAUUUUCCCACAAUGGGUUAAAGUCAUUUCAGAUCAUGGGACAAAGUGUAUAUGUGUAACUUUUUUGUUUAAAUAGGACCAAAGCUUGGAUUUCCUUGUAUUUCUUACCUUCUUUUAGUAUUGUUUUACUGACAUUAUUAAAUUAUCUGUAACAUGUUAAUUUGCCAUAGUGCAGGUCCACUUCAUUGGGUCCCUAAAAGACAAUUGGAUGGGGAAUGGUUUAAGACCCGGCAGCACUGAAGGGCACAUUCCAUCUUACUUUGGCAAGCAACCCAAAGACUUCCAUUCAGAAUGUUUUUAAUCCUACAUAAAGGAUAGAAAAUGGACAUGCAUUCCAAAAUUCUUAAAACAUCACCAAUAAUUAACCAACCCCAAAGAGGACCUGUGCUCCCGAACAAAGUUCAAUGCCUCAUAUACACAGCAAAGUAGUGUGUGUAGAGCCUAUUAGGUGGCCCUAUGGAUUUAUAUUGUUUUCUUAAAGGGGUAGUCCUGCAAUUAACUUCUUUUUUAAAAACUGGUCAGGGAGGGAGUGAUUUAAAAAAAAAAGAAACACUCUCUUACCUUUCUCGUUCUCACGCCGGUAUCACAGAGCUCCGAUUCCUGCUGUACACAGUUUCUGAGUAUGGUUACAUGACAUCACAUGCCCGCUUGUCCAAUCAGCAGCCCCAGUGAUUUUCCACCUCAGCUGCUGAUUAGCUGAGGGAUUGUGUGACACCAUAUCUCCAAAGCCAGAAGUGCUGGACGGCAGAGGGUAGAGUUCCAUUAUACCAGCAGUGGUGCAGGAGUGAGGAAGGUAAGAGAGUGUUUUUUUAACUAGUUUCUUUUUUUUUUAAAGUUAAUUGCCAGACUACCCCUUUAAUGCACUCCGCCCCUAGACAUUUUAUCCCCUAUCCAAAGGAUAGGGGAUAAGAUGUCUGAUUGCGGGGGUCCUGCCGCUGGGGACCCCCUGCAAUCUCGGCUGUGGCACUCCAGACAUCCGGUGCACGGAGCAAACUUUGCUCCAUACCGGAUGACUGGUGAUGCAGGGCGGAGACUCGUGACGUCACGGCCAUGCCACGCUCGUGAUGUCAUGGCCACGCCCCCUCAAUGCAAGUCUAUGGGAGGGGGCGUGACAUCCAUCACGCCCCCUCCCAUGGACUUGCGUUGAGGGGGCGUGGCCGUGAUGUCACAAGCCUCCGGCGCUGCACCCGACGCUUGAAAAGAACUUCGGGUGCAGCAGGGUAAGGGGAUAAGAUGUCUAGGGGCGGAGUACCCCUUUAAGUGAGCAUUCUUCCAUAAUGCAUUGCUGGUGUCCCUUAGUACGCUACCCCAUUUUGGAGAUAUUCUUCUUAUCUUUUAUGGGAGGUGUAAAAUAGAUGCUAUCUAUGUACCGCUAUUUGGAGCCUCCCUGGAGAGCUACAUUCUUUCCUACACUGUGGCCUGAGAGUAUUUUUGAAGUGCACAGAAUGUAAGACAACAUACCCACUUCCUUAUUCACCACUUUGCCCUCCAUUUUUACUUUUUUAAACUCCUACGACCUGUAACUCUCUGUUCAGUUAUAAAAGCAUACUGUAUAUUUCUAAGCAUAAUUCAUAAAUACCUUGCUCUACUAACACAAUGGUGCAUAUACAUUUAAAGUCAUAUAUGAUUUAUGUUUAAACUAAACAUUUAAUCUGUUUACACUAUAAUUCAAGGAAGAAGAAGACAUUGCACAAAGUGUAUUUAAGUAUAGGAAUUUAUAUGCAAAAGUGUUACUUUUGUCUGCACUUGAAUUUUGUCGUAUUUGAAGGAAAUAACGUAUAGAAUUUGUGAACAGCAAUAAUGAUGUAUAUAAACCUUACCUUCAAAAGAAUUCUACUGGAUUUUACAGUGAAACACUGAUGUGAAAGUGAAAUCUUGUAAAAUACCUGUUUUACCAUGUUGGUAAGUGUUCUAUUUGUAACAUGUUAAUAAGGUGAAUUAAUAAAAAAAUAAAAAAUAAACCAAAAUGUCUUUUCAGUAAGAUAUUGAAUGCUCUUGUGCAUUUUAAGAUGAGAUAACAUGGACAGGACUC